AUACGUCAAGUCUCACCCGCCGAGGCAUCAACUCUCUACUUAUUUCCUAGAAACCACGGCGCAUUUGUCGGAUUGCUUGUCUACUUUCCCAUUUAUUUCUAAAUUCAUUCUUUUUUAAUCAACAUAGAUAAAUCCCCAAACACAGCGCCUUGAAUUCAUCGAUAGAUUAGAAUUUGCCUAACUCACCUCAACCUUUACCGCGAACCCAAAUCAAAACUUCGUUCUACCAUGGCAGAAGAACCCAAAAUAAUCCCACCAUUCGAUCCCGGCACCUCUCCCUCCGCCACCGAUCCUUGUCCUUUCUGCUCUAUAUCCUCCAGCUAUUCUCCUUUCCCUCCCGAUCAACCUCCCCCAGCGGAAUCCCCUUCUAUCGACCCCUUCCAACUCGCGCCCCCGGCCUUCGUCGUACUUUCAACGCCUACGCUCGUCGCUUUCCUCGAUAUAUUACCCCUGUCCAGGGGCCAUCUCCUAUUAUGCCCUCGCGCCCACCGUUCCAAGUUAACCGAUGUCACAUCUCACGAAGCCGCCGAGCUAGGCCUUUACCUACGCGUACUAUCCGCGGCCCUCGUGCGCGCCACGGGGGUUAAAGAUUGGAACGUAGUACAAAAUAACGGUGCCGCAGCCGCGCAGGUAGUUAAUCAUGUGCACUACCAUCUUAUCCCACGACCCGAGAUACGCGCCAGCGGGAGGUUUAGGGAAAGUUUUACGAUGUUUGGCCGCGGAGUGCGCGAGGAGUUAGACGAUGACGAAGCAGUUGCGUUAGCGGAACAAGUGAGAAGGAGUGUAGCUUUGGUCUUAGAGGAAGAGGCUAGGAAGGGGAAGUUAUGAGAGCUUUAAAAUUCAAACCAUUACUCGUCGUCACCGAAGAAGACCUUAACUGGCAACCAGUCGUCUCCGCAGACCUUGAAGCGGUCCGGCAGGUUGUUAAGCUUCUUCAUUUCUUCCUCCGUCAGCUCCCAUCCGUCGAGGGCAAAAUUGCUCUCGAUCCGCUCUGGCGUGACUGACUUGGGAAUAACGUCCCAGCCGUUUUGAAUUCCC